AGUGUUCACAGACGUUAUGCGCAAGUUCACAUGGAAGUUCACAGUCACGUGAAAGUGUUCACACAAGUUAUACGCAGGUUCAUGGCUCCCACUAUGAGAGACACUUGUUCGAAGAUCCGGACAAGCUGGCAUCACUGCUGCUCAAGCCGGUAGUUCCAGGAAAUUAUCAUGUCACAGGCAUGGUGAAUCACACUCACAGAAUUGAACCUUGUGAGAAUUGGGAACGCACAUCACAGAAAAGACUGGCGCACCGAAUAUCACUAAUCCACGUCGAAACUGGGAUUUAUGAAGUCGUGAAUGAUGUCGAAAACCAGUUGGAAAAUGAAUCACGUAAUCCAGAAAUUGAAAGUCGUGACCUCCCAGAAUCCUAUACUGUGGAGACACACUUCAUCACCGCUCUAAAUCACACCGCGUACUUCGGCAAUGAAACGGAAGAGCGCAUAGCCUAUGCUAUGCUCUUUAUGCAUUCGGUGAGCCUCCGCUUGCAGCAACUCUUGCCACCCGCCAGGAUAGCGUUAACAGCAAUAGAAGGGCUGCAGGUAACGAAGACACGUUAGGAUAUUUUGCGUCCA